AUGCGUUUCUCACUUUCUCUCUCCAUUGCCAUCCUUGCUGUCUUUGCUAGCGUCCAAGCUACGAAAUCUGAAGGUGGUGAGAAGGACGUCCAAGAAGGCUCUGCCGAGGUUCAAGGCAAAGGCGGCCCUCAAUCCCGUCUCAGGAUCCCACCAGAAUGUCUCGGUCAACACGAGGAAGUCCUUCAAGAGUGUCUUGAUGGCGCGGAACUUGGCAGCGCUGAUCCCGAAGACUUGGAUGUUGGCGAGGAUUAA